UUUCAUUGCUUGCACCCACCCUACUAUAUAAAUCAACCCUCUGGUUGCUGGACACCCAACAAGUCUCACAUCUCCCAUCUUCCCUCAAGACCCAAUUGAGUUAAUUAAUUUCCAUUUAUAAUAUGGCAUCUCCCAUUCAGCCAUUGGUACAGCUGAUUCUCGUGGCAACUUUAGCGGCAGUUGCCACCGUAGCGGCAGCCAACUUCAACCAAGAUGUCCAAAUGUAUUUCGGGAAUGGUCGUGGUAAACUCAUGGACGGCGGCAACACAGUGGCUCUCACCCUCGACAAAGAAUCCGGCUCUGGCUUUCAGUCCACCAAGGAAUACCACUUCGGCCGGUUCGAUAUGCAGCUCAAGCUUAUCUCCGACAACUCUGCCGGAACAGUCACCACUUUCUACUUAUCUUCACUAGGAGACAAACAUGACGAAAUUGAUUUCGAAUUUCUUGGAAAUGUGUCCGGCGAGCCGUACACCGUCCACACCAAUGUGUACGCCGAGGGGAAAGGAGGCAAAGAGCAGCAGUUCCGCCUCUGGUUCGACCCCACGGCGGCGUUCCACACUUACUCCGUCGUCUGGAACUCCCAGAGGAUCAUCUUUCUGGUGGACAACAUUCCCAUCAGAGUCCACCGCAACCGUGAAAGCAUGGGGGUCCCAUUCCCUAAGAGCCAGCCCAUGAGGGUCUACUGCAGCUUAUGGAACGCUGACGAUUGGGCCACUCAGGGGGGCCUGGUCAAGACUGACUGGGCUAAGGCGCCUUUCUCGGUGUACUACCGGAACUUCCGGGUCAACGCUUGCUCCGUCUCCGGUGGCCGGACGUUGUGCGACUCCACGGCGUCGACGGAUGUGGUCAACGGCGACCAGGCGUGGCAGACGCAGGACAUUAAUGCUCGGGAGAGGAAUAGGCUGAGAUGGGUGCAGAGCAAGCAUAUGAUUUACAAUUAUUGUACUGAUUCCAAGAGGUUUCCUUCUGGGUUUCCGGCAGAGUGCAAGAGUUCAAGAUUCUUAUAAAUUAUAAUAUGCUUCAUCAGACACAAUUUAUGUGUAAUAAACAGGAAUGAUAUUCUUUUAUUUUUGGGGAUUAUACAUGAAUACAUGAUUGGAUUGUGGUGGUAUUGCUAUAUUAGCGUGACAUUUUUAUAAGUUAUAUUUCAAUAUUUAAUAUAUUCAAGGAAAAAUAUAAAAGUUAUAAACGUUGAUUAGGG